UUUCUUCAGAUGGUGGAAAUGAGCAACAUUAGCUAUGUGCUACAGCUGGAGGGUGCUGACCUUGAACCUAAUUUGAUCUACCCUGUGUUUUUCAUUCUACUGUUUACAUAUUUGAUCAUCAUGGUCACCAACAUAGGAAUCAUGGUCCUCAUCGCCAUGGAAAAGAGCCUGCAGCAGCCCAUGUACCUCUUAUUUUGUAAUCUGUCUUUUAAUGAUAUUAUGGGAAACACUAGCAUUCUACCUAGAAUAAUGAUGGAUCUUUUCUCAUCUGAGAAAUACAUUGGUUAUGCAGAGUGUGUCAUUCAGGCUUUUGGUACUCACACAUUCUCUACAGCCUCACACAUAAUACUAAUAGUCAUGGCUUUUGACCGGUAUGUGGCCAUAUGUAACCCUCUGAGAUACUCCUCAAUCAUGACCACUAGCAUGGUGGUGAGGCUUUCAGUAUAUGCUUGGGGCUCAACACUGAUUAUGGUGACAAUCCUGUUGAGCCUCACCCUUCGCCUGACUAGAUGCCGAUCAUUUGUCCUGAAUGUGUACUGUGACAAUGUAUCUCUGUUCAAGCUUUCAUGCGAAGAUGUGUCGAUCAACAACAUCUAUGGCCUUGUUUAUACAGUGUUUAUUUGUUGUUUUUCAUUACUUAGUGUAGGCAUCACCUAUUUUAAAAUAGUCACCAUUUGUUUCACCAAGAAAAGUAAGGAACUCAACAACAAAGCACUUCAAACUUGUGCCAGUCACUUAGUACUCUACACCAUAAUGUUUUGGUUUGGCUUUCUCAGCAUUGUUUUUCACCGCAUCCAGAACUUCUCCGCCUAUCGAAAGUUGAUGGCUAUUUUGUUUCAUGUUGUCCCUGCAAAUCUGAACCCAAUCAUUUAUGCACUGCAAACAAAGGAACUAAAAAACAAGAUAAAGAAAAUAUUUCAUUCAGCAGUGUCUAACAGAGCUUAA